AUGUCUAGCUCUACCGGAAACCUCUCUGCUUGGUUGUCUAAUAACAAAGCCAGAUUCUUGGAGGACUUGAAGAAGGAUGGUGCCAAGUCUUGGACUAUCGCAAUGGGAAACGAGGCCGGAGAUCUCGAUUCAUGCGCCUCGGCAAUAGCUUACUCCUACUUGACUCCAAAGAAGCCAUCGAUAGGGUUGAUCCAAACACUUCGACACGACUUGUACCUUCGCCCGGAGAACCUCUACGCUUUCAAACUCGCCAAGCUCGCGGAAGAUUAUAGCGAUCUGCUCACCAUCGAUGACAUCCCCAUCCCUUUGAACGAGCUUUCCUCGUCAUUUGCACUCGUCGAUCAUAAUUCUCUUCUUCCUCAAUUCGUUCGUCCUUUUGAUUCUCCUCACGGACCGUCCAUCGUUAAUGGUAUCGUCGAUCAUCAUGAGGAUGAGAAUCAACAUCUAGACGCAAACCCUCGCCGAAUAGUGGUCCCGUUGGGAAGUUGUGCUUCCCUCAUAGCAGAUACGUUCAAGGAUACGCUUUUCCCUGCUGACCCUACCGCCGCAAACUCUCUACAACCACCACCAGUGGAACUUGCCAUCCUUCUUUUGACGGCGAUUUAUAUCGAUACCAACGGUCUCAAAGAAGGUGGCAAGGCAGAAAAGAUAGACUUUACCUCAGCGAAUUUAUUGGAAUCUUAUGGUUCGAGCAUUAUCGUCGCGGGAGGUCACGAUUUCGUCCUUCGCAAGGGUACGACCAAGGCACUGAAGGCAUUCAAGGGGGACGUCAGUCACUUGAAUUCGCGCGACUUGCUUCGGCGGGAUUACAAGCAGUACGCGUUCACUUCUGCGGAUGGGACGCCUAUCAAUGUCGGGCUUUCGACGGUCCCUCUUGGGACGAAGGCUUGGCUGGAAAAGGAUCCGGAGGGUUAUAGGGCUGCUCUAGAAGCGUGGGCUACUGAGCGCAGGUUAGAGGUCGUGGGUGUUCUGAACACAUUCAAAAACCAGAAGGAUCACAAGGAGCGUCAAAUUCUCAUCCUUGUUGGCGGUGCCAAACAUGACAAACAUGAUACUUCCACUGCUGCAAGAUUAAACGUCGAAUCGCUGACCAACGCCCUCUCCGAGGGUCUGGAGGCGAAUCCAAGUUUGCGGUUAGAGCCAGUAGACAUCAAGGGCGAUUACAAGCACAUCAAGGGCCCUUUGGGCAAGCACACGGAUCCGAAGGAAUACGUUGGUCAGGUCAGGUUUUGGAAACAGUUGAAUACGAAUGCGACGAGGAAGGUAAUUGCCCCUGCGGUCAAGGCGAUUAUCGAAAAGGGGAAGGGUUUUGCAGAUUUGUCUGUUGUGGACUAA